AUGCAGAAGAAAAAAGACGCGCUGCCCCGGAGAAAAGCCCGCCUGCUCGAGCUGCGUCCGUUUAAAGCAAUCGUGCGCGUAUCCGCCCGCGGUGCGCACAACAAGGACUGGGCGAUCAGAGGAGAGGCUGGCACAUCUCGAGGAGAAGCUCGAUCGUCUUUUAAGCAGCAGGACCAUCCGCCACUCCAAGAACAAGCCAUCGACGAAGCAGUCGAGUCCGAGAAAUCCGUCUCUGUGAGUCCUGCGGCACAAGAGUCGACGUUCAAGACCAUCCAAGCGCAGACCACGUCGCCGCUGCAGCCAUCCAUCGAAGUCACGCCCACCGGAGGACCCGGGCCGGCUGAUGUCGCCCUGGGCAUCCGGCUGUAUUUCGAAUAUUGCCACCGACAGCCCAUAUGGUGCUUCGAGUACGAGGAUGUCGGUGAUUACAGCCAGCUGUCGGAAGAGCUGGCCUACAGCAUAUUGGCGCUAACAGCCCGCUUCUCCCCCAUGCGCGAACGACUUCAGAAAUAUAACAGCGAUGCGAAGCGACUGGUGAUGCUCCGCAUUGCAAGCAGUAGAGUCGAAGUCUCGACCAUUGAGAGCCUUUGCCUGCUUGCGUAUUCCUCCUUCAUCGAUGGAAACGUCAGUCUGGGUCAAUUUCACCUGGGCCUUGCAUUUCAGCUGUGUCGGUCGGCCAUGCUCGAUGUGGAUGCCAGCUACUCGGACAAGGACCCCAACACACAACGAAAACGCAAGCUCUUCUGGAGUCUGCAGGUAUUGGAGCAGUACUACGGCAAGCAGACUGGCCUGCUCAGCCUGCCGACAGAAAUACUGCGACCGUCGUACGCAUCCUCCGUGUCCCGGGACAUUUCUCGCCUCGAGACGGAAAACAAGCCCCCGCCACUUCCCAGAGACGACCUGGGUCAUUCGAGACCUACACCGGACGAGCCGGGCGUGUGGAAUACCAGCGUGCACCUCGGGUGGGUAUGGAGUCGGGUGCGGAAAUACGUAUCCGACUGCGCGCAGAACAUAUUCAACGAGCCGUGGCGGCGCGACUCCAUGUACGGCUCGGUGCUGUCCGACUUUAUGGACGCGGAGAACCGGAUCCCCAUGUGUCAUCGCUACGACACGGUCAAAUUCUACGAGAGAAAGGUCGAGGAGCUCAAGGUCAACCGAGGAUACUGGACGACGUGGCUCAAGGAACAGUUUACCUAUCACGCCAUCCAGACUGUGCUCAACCACCCGUUUCUGUAUAUUAUCGGCGCGCAGCACAACUCCAACCUCGCCAUCCCCAACACGUUUUGGCGCCGGUCCUCGGAGCUGGCGCUCAUACACUCGACGUGGAUCGUGCGGCUCAUUGACAUGGUCGUGGACAAGCAAGUGCAGCUUAUUGAUCCGUUCUUCGGACACAUUGCUGCGAUUGCCGCCACGGUCCAUCUGUACUAUUGUUGCGCGGCGGCGGCGAAAUUAAAGCACAAGUCCAAUACCGACUUUGCCAAAUGCCGGCGCUUUUUGAAGUGCUUUAUUCCGUUUUCCCCUGCCUGUGCAGCAUUGGAGAAGAAUCUGGACAAGAUGGCACGGAUCGCCUCGGGCUCCGACUCGGUCGACGUGGAGGACUGGAUGCCGUCGCGCAUCUACCUGAGCGUGCCGCUCAUGUGGGACAUUUUGCAGUUUACGUGCGUGUCGGGCUCGCCGGGCAUCUUCACCAACGACCUGGCGCACGCGCCGCACCGGCGGGACAUGAGCGAGGAGAACUCGGUGCUCGAGAUUGUGGUGGCGACGUCGCCCGAGAUCAACAUCAACACGGCCGACGGCGGGCAGGAGGCGCCGACGGCGUCGUACAAGGCGUCGGUGUCGCCGAGCGGCAACCCGACGCACCACCCGCUGCUCAACACGGAGCCGGUGCCGCUGGCGGACGACCUGACCAUGAACACGACGCCGUGGCUGUACGAGGACUCGUCGCAGUUUACGGGUCUGGGCGAUAUCGACCUGCUGGACGCGCAGUCGGAGGGGGGCGAUGAAAAUGGCAUGAUAUGGUGGGAGGGGGAGGUGAAUAAUUCGCUGUUUAGCCACUUUUGA